GCCAGCUGGCUCGACUUUUGCAUUCCCAUUUCCCAUUUGGCCGCCACUAGUGAACGUCCAGUCGCCACCCCAACACUUUCCCCAUCGCAGCUCGCAUCUUGAGCCUCUCGCCUUCCUCUCGCCCUGCUCUCAUUAUGCUAUCAGACUACGGAUACGCCCCCUCCCCUGCCAACGCCAUGGGCUACGAACAGCAGCAGCACCUGCAGAGUGGCGAGCGCCCCAAGCUCUUCAUGCAGCCUCCAGUUGACUACAGUCACAUGGUGCACCAAGGCACACCGCAACACAUGACGCCACAGCACGCCAUGACGCCGCAACACGCCAUGACGCCGCAGCACGCCAUGGCGCCGAAGUACGAGACGGAGCCGCUCAUGAUGAACGUACAGGGCGCUCCGCACUACUACCCGCCGCCUCAGAUGAGCGGACAGAUGCUGCACGUGUCCUCGGACUACGAAUAUGCCAACGGCGCGGUGGUCACGCCCUCCAGCGCGCGUAGCGGCUCGAAACGCUCUCGCGAAGACCUGAAUCUCAAGGAGAAGAAGCGCAUGUUUAAGCUCAACGACCGUAUCAACCAACUCAAGGACAUGUUGGACGAGGCCGGCGUGCAGACCAAGAAGAACAAACAGUCCAUUCUGGACAACGCGUCGCACUACAUCGAGAUGCUGCGUAGUAAUCUGCUCAUUGCCAAGCAGAAGGCCGAGCGCGCUGAGAAACAGGCCGAGGCCUUCCGCAGACAGGCGCAAAAGUCCUCCUCGGGCGCUGACAAGGUCGUUCGUGGCGUCUUCCAGAAGACCACGACGGCCCGUGUGGUCGUGGACAUGAACAUGCAGACCGUCACGUUCAACAGCGCCUUUGUCAAGCACACUGGCCAGUCGGAGCCGGUUCUAAAGAAGCAAAAGACCUUGCGACCGUACCUUUGUGCGGACCAGGAGAAGCUCGAUAGCAUCAUGCAGAAGGUCCGUGAGACUAAACAGUCGACCAGUGCAUUGGUCAAGGCCUCCGCUGCGGGAGGCAACGCAGUGUCAGUGAAUCUGGUGGCUGCAGUCGUCACGGACGAUAGUGGCAAGCCCGUUAAUAUCGAGUUCAGUCUCAUUCCCGUCGAGAUGCCGCAGUCAUCCAAGCAACAUGAUGACGAGGCGGAGACGUCGGCCGAGGAGUCGAUGACUGACGAGCCAAAGGAAGAGAACCUUCAGCUGUAAAGCCACCGCCGUGAUGUGUACCAUACAAAGGCGGCCAGGCGUUGACCGUCGGGUUUUGAGUGCUCGUGAGUGCAGAGUGAGUGUAAGCGUAGUUAUGCCAGUAAGAGUAAGCUUUAAUGCAAAGGUGUCAUGUAUCACUCAAG